UAACCCUCGUUAUUAUCGUGGAAAACUAUUCAACUCCGUUCUGGUGGUAGUUAACACCUUUCCAUUGAAUUUAUUCCACGCAUUUAUACCCACGCAUUUCAAUUUAUUUAUUCCCACACUUUCCAAUUUCAUUGUAAACCAAUUUCCACAAUUCAGCCAAAUCCAAUCACAAAUAUUUUCGAUCGAUUUUUCAAUCCAAGAUCGUAAAAAUGGCAGCAACAAUCUCUCAAUUAUCAUGCUCCUCUUACAUCAGCCGCAAUUUUCAUCUCCAACAACGCCGAUCGUCGUCGCUAUUCUUCAAUCAUCGUUCAAAGUUAUCAGUUGUUAGGAGCGUUGAAGGACAGGAUGCUGAAACCUCUAGUUCAGGCAACAUGCCUAAGCUAAGUUAUGCGGCUGAUUUAUCGAGCCCAACCGUGGAACCGGUUGAGAAAUCGUAUCCUGAGACAGAGGAACAUGUUAAUGGAAAAAUUGGUGGGAAUGGAACUUUGAUUCCGGAUGUCGUUGAGCAGAAGAAGGCGGCUAAGAUCCACGACUUUUGCUUCGGUAUCCCUUUUGGUGGUUUCGUUCUCACUGGGGGACUUCUUGGUUCUAUUUUUUCAAGGAACUUGGCCUCUCUUGGAACAGGUGUUCUUUUUGGUGGUGCUAUUCUAGCAUUCAGUAUAAUCAGUUUAAAGGUUUGGAAAGAAGGCAAAUCAAGUUUCCCUCUUAUUAUUGGACAAGCAGUUCUUGCAGCAACCUUGUUGUGGAAGAACUUUCAGAACUACUCCGUGUCAAAGAAACUGUUUCCAUCAGGACUUUAUGUUUUAGUGAGUGCGGCGAUGCUGCUCUUUUAUUCUUAUGUGGUGAUUUCUGGAGGAAAUCCACCCCCAAAGAAAUUGAAAUCUGUUGCUGAAGCUGCAUCAUGAUGAAACAUUUUUGAGGUCAGAUUGUACGUUUUGAUGGUGAAAAUGUGAUUUUUGCUCCCAAUCUUUUUUUUUUUCCCCUAUUCCUCUGAAUGUUAUAGUAGGUAUACUAUUCUGACUUGAUAGCAAAUCCUAAAAUAUGAGUUUAGGUUACCUAUAGAGCCCUUGGCAACGGCUAGUAAUUAUUUUAAUGAACUCUAUGUAUGUACUAAGUAAUUGGAGUUCUUUGAUUUGGUAUUGAAGUGUGAUCACUGAUGGUAGAGAUCCAGCUUAGCAGGAUUUGUGCAACAAUAUCUUGUAAUUAUGUUGUUUGACAUUAUUUAUGUUACUAUUGGAACCCAUUUUGGACACUUGAUCCUCUAAUAAGGGUAUGAAAUCUUUUCUCAAUA